AUGGGUGGCUGUUUCUCCUCUCUUCCCGGUCUUGAUGAUCCUGAGGUUGGCAAGCCUCACACUUUCAAGAUUAAGAAGUCACAGGCUAGCCCUGAUUCCAGAAACUUCGAAGUUUUCAAUGAGAACGAUGAACAAUGGCUUUUGAUCAAGUCGGAUAGCGACUUCAGUGAUCCUACUCCCAACUUCUCCCUUGUUAACAAGGAGCGUGAACACGUGCUGGGUAAGUGCGAAAUUGGUAUAGAAAACGUCGUCUGUGCGAAGGAUGUGGAUUGGGACGGCUCCGACGACUCCAAGAGUGAUGAGUCAAAGGACUCCAUGUUCGAUUUCGACGAAAGUGAGCUCAAGGUUAAGCUCCGUUGGAAGAUCAAGCGUUCUGCCAAGUUCUCCGACGAGGACGGUCGUGAGUUCGCUACUGUCGGCUUGCAAAUGAAGGGCAUAUCGAAGUGUGAGGUUGAAGUUGACGAGGAGAAGGAUAAGGAAAGCGAUGAGGAUUGGGAUGCUACUGCUAAGGUUAAGAACGUCUGCUACACUCUGUCUAUCGAUGGCAAAGACUAUGACGUGACUGUUGAGAAGGGUAACUGGGAGCACUGGGAUCGCACGUGGAAGGUGGAUAACAUGUUCAAUGUGGAAUACAAGCAGAAUGAUGGUGCUGAUGAGGUUAUCGUUAAGACCACUGAUCUUGAAGGCAACCCCGGGCAUGAUCUUCUCAUCGCCUUCGCCAUGAGCGAAUUUAUGCAUCCAUGCCGUCAGCUUACUAAGCUUAACCAAGCGGCUGUUCAGAUUGGAAGGAACGCUAUGAUGCAGCAUCGCAACUAG